GCUGAAGUGUCCGCCCCUUCUAGGGCCCAUAGGGCCACCCCUUCCUCUCAGGAUCCCAACAGCUCCAGCCCACCCCCCUCUCCCCAGGGAUGGGGGUGGGGGUGAGGCCUGGGCUGUCAGGUUCUCCGCAAAAGCAGGGGAAGAUGUAGUUAGUGAGCCUCCCCGUUGUGGGCGUUGCCUGCUGCCCUGCCCUCCGCCCUCCCCGGCAGCCUCUGCCCCACCGGCUGCGUCCCCAGGUGAGUCAGGCGCGGUGCUGGCCCGCCCACUAUCUGCAGGCCCAGCCGGAAGCUUCCUCCACCGGCUGUGCACAGUUCCUACAGGAUCUGUGCCCCAGGGCUGCCUGUCACCUGGGACCUGCUUGAAGCCAGUGUCUUCCAGCUACUCCAUGAGUGACACGAACCAGACCAUUGUGGGACCCUCGGGACUCCCCACGGUAUCAGCCAUGACCCCUGGGCCAGGCUCUGGGGCCCGGGCAUGGCCUGUGCUGGUGGGGGUUGUGUUGGGAGCUGUGGUCCUCUCUCUCCUCAUUGCGCUUGCUGCCAAAUGCCACCUCUGCCGCAAGUACCGCAUCAGCUACCAGCACCGCCCACUGCCCAGGACAAGGAAGGGGAUCUGUCCGGAGGCCGGUGAAGAUGAUGAUGAUGAUGGCUUCAUUGAGGACAAUUACAUUCAGCCUGGGGCCAGCGAGCUGGGGACAGAAGGUAGCAGGCACCAUUUCUCCCUCUGAACCCUGACCUUUGGACACCCCUGCCGGACAGCUUUAGAAUUGUAAAUACUAUAAUACAAUGAACCUCAGGGAUGGAGGUGGCUAGGAUUUAAGGGCUCACCAGGGAUUGAGCAAUUCUUCCAUCUCUGACACAAGCCACCAAAGUGACAAUGACCCUCUCUUGCUCAAUAACUCUCAAUGGCUCCCUGCUAUUCUCAGGAUAAAGCCUAUCAAGGACCUGACUAUGGAAAUGAGGCCUCUGUCCGUCUCUUGGUUUGCAUCCUUCCUGCUUAACUAGUUAUUAUUAUAUAUCAGUUGAUAAAACAUUUAGCAGACGAAAAUCAGUGUGCCAAGUUUCUUAUUGAAUUUUUUCCCCUAUCAAUAAAGUGUGUAAUCUAAAUAGUUAUAACAUAUUCUGUUUUUGACAGGUAUUAAUAAAUCUAUUUUUAUUUCCAAUAAAAAU